GUCUGGGAGCUGUCCCCGGUUCUCCGCUCUGCUGUCGAGGCCGCCUCCGGGGUCCUUACACCGUGUUCCUCUGUCCCGCGUGGCCUCUGCCACGACCUGGGCCUCGGCCCGGGCCGAUCACUCCGGAGCCGCCAUGUCAUCCGAUUUCGAAGGCUACGAGCAGGACUUCGCGGUGCUCACGGCAGAGAUCACCAGCAAGAUUGCGAGGGUCCCCCGACUCCCUCCUGAUGAGAAGAAGCAGAUGGUUGGCCACGUGGAGAAACAGCUCGAAGAAGCGAAAGAAUUGCUCGAACAGAUGGAUCUGGAAGUCCGAGAGAUCCCACCCCAAAGUCGAGGAAUGUACAGCAACCGGAUGCGAAGCUACAAGCAAGAAAUGGGCAAACUUGAAACAGAUUUUAAAAGGUCACGGAUCGCCUACAGUGACGAAGUACGGAAUGAGCUCCUAGGGGAUGAUGGGAAUUCCUCAGAGAACCAGUUGAUAAAAUUACGUGAAGAGAGGGCACAUCUGCUCGAUAACACAGAGAGGCUGGAAAGGUCAUCUCGGAGACUAGAGGCUGGAUACCAAAUAGCAGUGGAAACCGAGCAAAUUGGCCAGGAGAUGUUGGAAAACCUCAGUCACGACAGAGAAAAGAUACAGCGAGCACGUGAACGACUUCGAGAAACAGAUGCUAACUUGGGGAAAAGCUCCAGGGUCCUGACGGGGAUGUUGCGAAGGAUGAGACCAUGGCUUUGCUUACUAUGAGAAAAACUUUCAACUGUUAAGGUUUGGGAUUCAUGUCAGGAUGAGGAAACUGAGGCUUAGAAAAGUUCAGUAACUUGCACAAAGUCACACAACUAUCAAGUCUCAGCCACGAUUGCAGCUACUCCUGUCCAUCAGCCUUAAGCGCUCAGCUCUCCUUGUCUGAAACCUGAUACCAGCUGGGUUCUCAUCAUGCAGUCAGCCUCCAAGGAACAUAAGUAAUGCAUGUGGUCAAACUGAAAUGCCUGUUAAAAAUCAGACUAUGGGGGCGCCUGGGUGGCUCAGUCGGUGAAGCUUCUGACUUUGGUUCAGGUCAUGGUCUCGUGGCUCGUGAGUUCGAGCCCCACAUCGGGCGUUCUGCUGUCAGCACAGAGCCUGCUUCAGAUCCUCUGUCCCCCUCUCUGUCUGCUCCUCCCCUGCAUGUGCUCUCUCUCUGUCUCUCUCAAAUAAAUAAACUUAGAAAAGGUCAGACUAAGCUUCUAUUAAACUAUUAACUAUAAACUAUUCAAAUGCUUCAUUUAGAUUAUCACUGAUGUUUUCAGUCAAUAACUUGAGAAUCAGAGUUUUCAGAAAAUACUUAAGGUGUGUAUUUACCAGCUCCUCCCACCUUAGCUGGGGAGCAUGGGCCACCGUGGGCCUGAACAACCCACAUAUGUGUGCCAAGGUUGGCACAAGAAAUAAUUUCCUUAUGGCACAUGGAGAUUGCUACCCUGAGACCACAGGCAAAAUAGCAAAAUGGCCAAACAGGUCUUUGGUUUUUUGGUGCCCAGCUCUUUCCUUCUAUUCUUCCCUUCCUAGCACCGUGGUCCCGUUCUGGUGUCUGAAUCUCCCCCUGUAACCGGUUGCAUCCAGGCCAGCCUGUCCCAGAAGGGCAUUCCCCAGCGAACACUCAGCCUAUGAGACACAGUAGUCUCUAUGACUGGAAAAGCAGUCUGAGGAAGGUAAACCACACUCAGACCUAGUCUUGGGGCAUAACAGAGUUUUAUAAGAGUGAAAAUGGAGACAGGUAAUAUUAUGAACUCUGUAGACCUUUACCUCUGUUUAGAAUAGGCCACUGUUUUCCAUGCUGUGUUGCAUUUCUGCUCAAAUACCCCUGUCACCGCUCUGUGCCCUUUCCCUGCUGUCUUUCUUCAUAGCACAUGUCACUACUGGGAAUUAUAUUAUGUAUCUGUUUGUUCAUUGUCAUCUCCUCCCAGAGGAUAUAAGCCCAACAAGAGCAGCAACCUAGUGUUGUUUGCUGCCGUAAACCCAGCAUCGGCAAGAGGGCUUGGCACAUAGUAGGUGCUUAAUAAAUAUUUAUCAAUGGAAAGAUCAACCACUUAUGUUUCUUCUGAGAGAGGCAGCUUUUACUUUAACUCAGUUUUUUCCCCAAAAGAGCAAAUUUAAGAACAUGGUUUUACUGUUCUUAUUGCUUGAGAUGAGGUGAUUUUUUUUUUUCUUUAAAAGGACAAUUUAGAGUUGAUCUAAAGAAAACAUUUAAGUAAAUACUAGCUCAGGUGAUGCUCAGGUAUGGUAAAGUCAGGAAAACGGUAUUUGAGUGUCUAGAAAACACAGUGAGUUCAGAAAACCCUGAUCUCACAAAAUCCACCAUUAUAUUAGUGGAUAACCUUCAUGUGAAUAAAAAAUUACAGUGGUCUACACAAUUCAUCUUGAAAUAAUUACGAGCCAGCCUUUUCAAUCUCACAUGAUGUGCACCGUGUUCAUGGUUCUCUUAGAAUUAUUUUUGGCUCUGGGAGUUAUGUGCAUAAAAUUAAAACCAAAACUUAUCCACAUUUGAGCCCAAAUAUUUCCUCUUUUAAGCUGUUCCCGUAACUUUGAAGUCAGGGUUAAACCACAGGCUUAUGUUUUCUUAUAAUAAUUUUUUUUAAAUAUUUGGGUCCAGUGAUACCUGCUAACCGGGCUCAGGAACAUUCAAGAACAAACUGUGCCAUAUUAUUUAAGUUCUUCCUCAUCUUACAAAAAUGAAAUAUCACAAAUUACUGAAUUUUAAUGUCUCCUGAAUCUCCGAGCCAAAAAAGAAGGAAGAUAAAACUAAUGACUAAUUUAAACACUAAAAAAACAAAGAAAGAAAGAAAGAAAGAAAGAAAGAAAGAAAGAAAGAAAGAAAGAAGGAAAGAAGAGGAAAGAAAAGAGAAAAGAAAGAGGGCAGGAGAUAGGAGACAGAGCCAAGUGAGCCAAGAUUGCUUACCUGUUAUGAUGAUUGUUAUUAAAAUCACAGUUUUAUUGGGGGGGGGGAAGAAUAUGCUUUUGUGGUGCCAGGUUUGAGGGAUCCUCUUUGUUAAAACCUUUAUCAAUGAAGUUUAAAAACUGAGACUAGUUUCUUUUGGGAAGCCUUUUAGUUGGGGGAGGAGGGCAGGUGACUGGACAGGGAACAAUAAAUGGGAGGGGUGGAACCAUGCUGUUAAUAAAAAUAUAGUUUUGUAUGUUUGAAUAAAGGCGGCUCAUGCUCUCCUUGUAGACCUCCAGUCAGUGAGCCUGUGCACUUCCUUUUUCCUGCCAGAUAUUUGUUCCUGGCUAGAAGACAUUUUAAGAUAUUUAUUUGAUGACACACACCUGCUGGGUAGAUGAAAAGCAACCGCUCCCGAGGAUGACCUACUUCAAGGGCGCAGUAAGCUUCUGAGGACUUUGGCAGGUUGUCCUUAAAUCAUUUGAGUGCAUCUUGACAUCACCUGUUGAACAUGUCUAAGGCUCGUGCAUUUUCCAGACUUGUUGGAGGCAGAGUUGCUAACCCCAGAAAAGAGAUGACUAAGUCAGUCAUGACUUUGUAAAAGUGUACUCACACAGGGAAGAUGCACUGCUUUACCAAGCCAACCCCAAGUAUGUGAACCGCCAUUCUUGGUGCUCGGGAUAGAAACUGGCCACUGUGGAGUGGACCAUCUAGAAAGUGGACCUAGGAGGAAUACACGCCAGUAUGGUCCAAGAUAGAAGGUACGGAGAAUGAGGGUGGAAGAUGAGGAAAAUGCCACGAACGAAAUUCUGAUGCAGUGUUCUCCUAGGAAUUUACCAGACAGAGGUUUCCAAACGAGAUCAGGGCAGAGCAUGGGAUGUUUGAAAUGCAUUAGAGACAUUGUCACCAAAGGAGUCCUUUGAAGCCAACUUACCUUUACCUGUUCAUUUCCACACCCGUUUACUGAGCACCAGCUGCUGUGACCAAGGGAGGCCUUAGGUAGUAAAGAUACAAAUGUAAAGAAUUUGUAUCUCCUUGUCAAUAUACACAAUCCAGUGAGAAAACACACCUUAAGAAGAACUGUUUUCAUAAACUUUAAUACGAUGUAACAAUAAGUGUACACAAAGAAUUCUUUUCCCUGUUGGACUUCCUGGGGUUGGUGAUGCCUGGCCUGAGUUCUGAAGAGUACGUGUGAGUUAGCCAAAUAAGAGAAAAGAGGGACAUGGAGGCGUUAAAAUAUAUGUUGUGCUCGGGAACUGCAGACUGUACAGUUUUACUCCAGCAUGAAAAGCAAGGCAGGAAUCAGUGGUUGUACCAGUGGGUGUCUUAGAGGGGCUGUAGCUUCCCUGCCCAUCACAGCCAGGACCACCCCAAGCAAACAGUCAGAGGACUGUGCUUGCUGCAUAAAUGUAGUUCAAGGUAAGUUUCCUCACACCCCUGCUGCCCUUCCUGUGUGUGGGAAUCUAGACCUUUCACUGUGGGGACGUUGGCCACUGCGGGGAGGAGUUCUAAGCUCUGAAUCAGUACUGAACUGGGGCUUGCCUUGUUGAUUUACAAGGAGUCUUUCUCUGUUACUUUUAGCUAAAAGUCAUGGUUUAAAAGACUAGACUUCAUACGUGCCCUCUGCGUUAUUUAGGAUAGGAGUCUUCAUUCAGGUUUCCUUUCCUCUUCUCCCAGUUGUCUACUGCUGUGUAAGUAACCCCGCCAAAAUGUAGCGGCUUAGAACAACAAUAAUGAGCCAUAACUUCGUUAUCACUCACAAUUUCUGUGGGUCGGGAAAUGAGGAACAGCUUGGCUGGGUGUCCUGACUCCAAGUCUCUUAUGAGAUUGUCUUCAGACAGAGCCUGGAGCGGAAACAGUUGGGAAGAGACAAGAUCCCGUAGCAGCUAGGGACUGCCUGGGCCCUUCAUUGCUUCGUUGUCUCAAGGCCUUUCCAGGUCGUCUCUCUGCAGGAGCUAGUCUGGGCUUCCUUACAGCAUGGCGGCCUCCGGCUUGGCACCACAGGGCCCCAAAGAUGCGUUCCAAGAGCAAGAUUGGCAGAAGCUGCGUGGCUUUUUCUAACCUAGCCUAGGAAGUCAUACGUGUCACCGCUGGGACAUUCUGUUCAUGAAGACAGUCACAGGGACCCACCACAUUUCAGCAGGGUGAGACCCAGACUCUAUCCCUUGAUGUGGGGAGGGCAAGGCUGUGGAAAACCAAUGGGAUGGGAAGUACUCUUGCAGCCAAUUUUAGAAAAUACAUCAUGUGCCACACCCUUCAAGAAUUUCUCCCUCUACUCACAUAAUCCUUUACCUGAAUAUUAAUGUGCUCCUUGUUGUGUUUCCUGCUCCCUUCCUACACCAUAAUCUAAGGCUUCAGUGCACACACACACACACACACACACACCAAAAAACUUCCAUUUUCUGAAGGAGAGUCAAUCACCCUGGUGUGCAAUGUUCCCCUUAGGAUGAUACCACUUUAUAAGCAUAUAUCCUGUCGCCCCAUUUCAGGGGAGUCGUACUUCGAUCAGGCACUGUUAAAGCCAAAUAUGGCUCAGAUCUUUAACUGAGAUGCCUCUUUUCAUCUAACCAAAGCAGACUAGAGACUCAGGAGUGAAUGAUUUGAAAUCUCUCCUUUUAUUUGCCAUGCACUCGGACGAUUGAUGGUGCUCUCGUAACAAGUUUAAUCAGUGGCAUUUUGGGGAGUACUGCAUAUUUCAGGGAGUGAGAAAAGAAAAAAGUAAAAAAAAAAAAAAAAAGGCCCAGACGUUGGACUCCAGGAAGUUUAAAAAAUGGAAGCAUUAGCAUGUUCUUGGUAGGAAAUCUUCUGAUGUAAAGUUAAACUAUUGAUGUAAAUUUUACAUUUUUAAAUAAGUACUAUUGCAAGUGUGCUAUCUUUAAUGAGGACCUUAAUUCCACUUUUUACACAUAUAUAGUGAACAGAAGUUGGGUUCUUCAAAUAUUUUCUGUUAAAAAUGUAUGAUACAUAAGCAGUGGAUUGGAGGGUUUUUUUUUUUCGCUCUUGGAUAACCUAGAAAAAAACAUAGCUCUAUUUUAAAAUCCCUUCCAGUUCAAGAGUUAUCCAAGCAAAUAGUGUUGACCAAGGUGUUGAAUGCACCGCUAAUAAUAAUGCUACCCUUUCAUAAAGCUAAGUAAUCAGGAAUAAUGCUGAAAAUAAGAAGCCAGUCAUUUAUUUACUCUAUUUGGCAUUGUUAGCACUAAUAAUGCAUUUCAACACAGUGGAAUUGCUAGAUAAUGCUUUUGUGACUUUUAUGCAGCUUAUUGUUAUUUAAAUGAACAGUCGACUGCACUGUAAUGAAGAAAUGCAUGCUUUUCCCAACUCAGUUAUCAAGCAGGAUUCUAGGAAAAUGAGAAUUUGUGUCUGCCUUCAUUCACGAAGCAAACUGGAGGUCACUGUUUUCAAUAUGAACCUUUUUUUAGCUUUUCAACAGUGAAUAAUUAGGAGCCGCUGCUUCUGAAAUUACCUGUAUUCACUGUAGAGAAGGAAAGACUUUUAUCUUCCACGAUGAAAUACAUUUUCUCAUUCAAACUUUGUCAUUCUUUUUUUAAAUGGCAUUUUACACCGCUGAGUCAAUCCUAGGUAGUGAAAUAAAAGAAAUAUACUUUUUGUGCCACAAUAGCCUGUUUAUUCAAUUUUACUUCCUUAAAUUUCAGCUCCUCCUUGAAAAAUGAUCCAAAUGCAAAAAU